UAAAUGCUUAAUAUCAUGCUUUUUCUCCGAGCAUUAAUGCACAUCUCCUAAAUAUUGACCACCAGCGGACGAACAGUAAAGUCGCUGUAAUCUGGUAGUUUGGUCCUGGGUUCGAAUCACGUGAAGGGACUAGCUGCAUGGGCGUUUUCAUUGUUUUCCCCAUGUGCAACAUGUAUACGAACCAAUUUCCCUUAGAAAGACCUCCACGAAGGCAUCCUUCCCCUUACACAGAUAGUCCUUGAGGCUUUGCAAUAAGCACACACACAUUCUAAUAUCAUACUUCUUCUCCUAAUAUACAUUUAUAUGCAAUAAAUAUUAUGCGUUUUUGCCUGCCUAUAAGCUUAAUAAUUUUCUUUCUACUUAACAUUACUGUUGAAACUAUUCCCGAUUAGCCACGAACCCACCAGCGGCCGCGCGGUAAAAUCACUGUAGUUCGGUGAAAUCCUGUGAGGUUUAAAUCUCGGGAACAGGUUGGUUGGAAAUUUAAAAAAUUUCAUCCCUUUUUUUUUUUUUUUUUUUUUUUUAAUGAAACAAAUCUUAAACAGCUAAGGUUGCUCAUUUAAAACUUUUAUUACUUAAAGUUAAGAAAGGUAGUUUAUAGAUUUCUUUAAAGACUAAGGGUAGGAACUUCUUAAACUAGAAACCAUAUUAAGAGAAAUGUUUAUCUUAUCAAAUGCAUUACAAGCACAUAUAAUUUUCAUUAUACGUACUUUUAAUGUCAUAAUUUGUAAAUGGACAUAAUGAAUCGAUAAAAUAAUUAUUAUCAAUUGAGCGCACAGCGAAAGUAACAAAAAUUAUUUAUUGAUGCUGGUAAUUAACCAAAUUAAUUAAAAAAUACCUUGUUAAUUUACUAGACACGUUUUUGGGAAUAUAAUCUGUCUUAAUACUUUUAAAUAUACAUAUAAAUAUCUAAUUUCCGCUCUUAAGAAAAUUUAGUUAUGACUCAAAAUUUUGAAGUUCCAUUUAACAUAUCAUUUGAUUUAUCUGUGAUUUUGUAAUGUAAAUAAAUCGUAAUAUUUAUGAGAAUAAAUUAAUAUCAUAUAUAACCACUGUUAAAUCUAUUGAAAUUGUUUAUUACACAGAAUUAAUUUCAAGUUUUUAAUAUUUAAAGAUAAGAAUUAGUAAAAUUUUAUAUAAAUGAAACAGUUAUUCAAUAAUUUUUUAAAGAUUUCUUUCCUGUUUUUUCUAAGUAAUUUUGUCCCCUUAUAGUUUUGAAUUUGCUGUUCUUUCACCUUGUCUGUCAUUCUGCGCUAUAUUGCACUGAUUGAUAUUUAGUUGUCAUUAAAAUUUAGGAAGAAUGUUAUACUAUAUAUUUCUUACAGAAGAAGGCGUCAUUGGGUUGACGUUUCCUGAUAUCACAGAUGACUUGAAAGAAAUGAACAUAAAAUUAGGGCCCAGAAAGCAUAUUAUGCAAAUUGUGAAUAGAAUAAGGUGCCCAUCAGUUCAAGCGGUUGCUUCAAUACCAUCAGAUGAAAAAUGCACUGAAAAGGUCUGUCAAGAUGCAAGUGCCAUUUCUCCACAGAAUAUACAAAGAAAAGAGGUGUCUUUAGACAUAUCCAAAAUAUAUAACCAGUGUAUUUCAAACAAGGAUUCUUUUGAUAUCAGAAAGUGGGUCAGCAGUCACCCACAAGGCAAACAGCUCUGUGACAACUUGGAUAGGGGUUCCUACAAGACUGAAGACAGGCAGCUGCUAGUUAGGAUAGUCUGUUCAAAAUUAGUAAACUUAUGUGGAACUGUCUACCCAUCCUCAGAAUGGAAGGAACGUACUGCAGAGGCAUUAGUAGAUGCAUUUCCAUUGUUAAAAUCAAAAAGAUUCCCACAUGGGCAUGAAAGCUUCUAUGAUAAGACCACAGGAAUAAGCUUUAUAGAAUAGGCCUGAAAACGCUUAGGAAGUCCAUCAAAGAAAAAAAGGAUUAGCCAAAACUUCAAAAAUCUGCAGAAUAGAACCAUCUCUUGAAACAGAACGUUUGACUAAAGAGGAUUUAGAAGAAAAGAUAAUGUGGAUGAAAUUUAAAAAUCCCAUAGAACCCAAUAGACAGGCGAUUUCAGAUAUAUUGUCUGAAACAAUGGCUGACAGACAAACUGAAAUAAGAGAUUCAGGCAUGACCAUAACAGAUGUUUUAGAGAGAUAUCCCAGGCUACAAGAUUAUAGAGGAGAUAUGAUUGAUGCAGAAUUUUUACGCAUGCAUCCCAAUUCAGACACUUUCUUGGGAAAGUUUUCAUCUUUUUAUGUCCCAAGAAUUUUGAGAUAUGCUGAAUCAAAACGGCCUGAUCUUCUGGUACCAAGUAUUGCUGAUUUCAGUGAUGAUCUAAAAGCAUUAGUUUUGCUCCCAGAACUUUUGCCCAGCCCAAAUUAUGGUAAAGGAAGAGGGAAAAAGAGUAAAGGCAAAACAAGUAUUUUGGCAUCAGGCUGUUAUUUACAAAAAAAAAACAUUCCAAAUUCUGCACUUCUAAUAUUUGCUAAUGGAAUAGAAGACAUGGAGUCUCUUGAACCAGGGCAGAAUAAGCAACCGAUUCUAGUGUGCAUUUCAAAUUCAUUUUACAUUAAAGCAGAUAACAAGUUAAUAGCAUGUCCAAAUCACGCCAUGAAGGCAUUCGACAUUUUAUUUAAAUCCCAUUUCGUAUUUAGUGUGCAAUAUGCACAUGUAUUAACAAAUUUUUACAAUUUUAUGGGAAGUUUUUUAUACAAUAUAAGCACUCCUAGAGCAUGUGUGGACUCGUUAAAUACAUGUUUCAGCAACAUAGCUAUUGAGUAAAAAUUUAUUGCAUUUUUAAUAUUUUUAUUAUAUUAUUAUUAUUGAGUAAAAAUUUAUGUAUGUAUAAUAUGUUUCUUAAUAAAGAGUUUUUCAUGUAU